GCGGAAGCGCGGGCCGAAGUGCCUUUGGCUGCUGUGCAUAGGCGGCGGGCGCGCCAGUGGCGGCGCCCUCGGGCUGUGUGAGCAGACGGCGGCGGAGCCCCUGGCAACCAUUAAUCAACCCUCUGUCUCUGUUCUGGACAUUUCAUGUAAAUGGGAUCAUACAAUAGAAGCCAGUGACAUUUAAGGACUUGGUUGUGGACUUCACGCGGGAGGAGUGGGGGCUGCUGGGCCCAACACAGAGGAUCCUGUUCCACGACGUGAUGCUAAGGAACUACAGCAACCUGGUGUCCCUGGCUGAGGCCUCCCUGUCACCUCUUCAUCCAUGUCAUUUGUGUGUGUUUCCCCUGCCUCGUCCUCGGUCAUUCACACCCAGGACUUCCUGAUUCCAAACCAGACGUGAUCUCCAAGCUGGAGCAGUGGGAAGACCCCUGGACUGUGGGGAGAGAUGCCCCGAGAGGUCCAGGGCAAGAAGGUGCAGUGUACAACCAACAGGAAAGAGUGGACUCAGAGCCUGGGUCCCAAGCCAUAUGGCUGCUUCCAGACCAAGGCGCUCUUCCUCAGGGGCAGAUGACAAUGGGACUCUUGGGGCAGGAUUUCCGGCACAUAAUCCUAAGAGAAGUCACGGAGCAUGGCAGCCAGGUGGCAGAAAGACAUUGCCAAGCAGUGACACCUAGCCAGAGGGAGAGGAGCCUUGGAGGAAGGUUCCUCUGGUGCCGUUUCCUCACUGAGCAUCAAAAUCGUCCCCCGGGGGUGCAGGCUCCCACAGACUGUGUUCAUAAAAAGGGUCUCCCAUGUAUUUCAGUCCUAGGUCAGGGGCGCCCCUGCCAAGGAGAGGGUGUGUGUACAGAAGCCUGUGACUCUUUUCCAGACCUCCGUCACCCACAAGGUGUCCACACUGAAGAGGGCACACUGGCGUGUGGCGGAUGGGAGGAUGCCUUUGGCAAGAACACAAGCUUCCUGAGCUCUCAGCGGAUUCCUGACAGGUGGAAGCUCUAUGUGUGUGAAGAGUGCGGGAAGGCCUUUGGGUAGAGCUCAAAUUUCAUUCAGCACCAGAGAACCCACACCGGCGAGAAGCCGUACAUGUGCCGGGAGUGCAGACGUGUCUUCAGCAAGAACUCAUCCCUGGUUAAGCACCAGCACAUCCACACAGGCGAGAAGCCCUACAUGUGUGGCCACUGCAACAAGCGCUUCUGGGAGAACUCGUCCCUGGCCAAGCAUCAGUGGGUGCACACAGGUGAGAAGCCAUACGCUUGCGGUGACUGCGGGCGCACCUUCAGCCAGAGCACCCACCUUGUGCAUCACCAGCGAGUCCACAGUGGGGAGAAGCCAUUCACCUGCUGUGAGUGCGGCCGAGCCUUCACUGACUCCUCAGCCCUCCUGAUCCACCACAGAACCCACAUGGGGAGAAGCCCUAUGAGUGCCAUGUGUGCUGCAAGGCGUUCAGCCUCAGCUUGUCCCUGGCUGAGCACAUGCGCUGCCACACGGGAGAGAAGCCAUAUGUGUGCCAAGAGUGUGGGAAGGCUUUCAGCCAGAGCUCAUCCCUCAUCAAGCACCUGAGGACACAUACAGGCGAGAAGCCGUACAUUUGCAGUGAGUGUGGGCGCGCCUUCAGCCAGAGAUCCUCCCUUACCAAGCACCAGCGGGUGCACACGGGUGAGCGGCCCUCCGUGUGCAGAGAAUGCGGGAAGGCCUUCAGCCAGACCUCCUACCUGACCCAGCACCUCAAGAUCCACAGUGGCAAGAAGCCGUUCAUGUGUGGGGAGUGCAGGAAACCCUUCAGUGACUCUUUGGCCUUGGUCCACACAGGAGAGCAGCCCUACACGUGUGGGAAAUGUGGGAAGGCCUUCAGCCAGAGCAAGUUCCUCACCCAGCAUGAGCGGAUCCACACUGAGGAGAAGCCUUUCGUGUGCGGCGACUGCGGCAGGGCCUUCAUGCAGAGCUCCUCCCUCGCCCUCUACCUGAGGACUCACACUGGGGAGAAGCCCUACAAGUGCAAUGAGUGUGGCAAGGCUUACAUCCAGAUGUCACACCUCACCGAGCAUUACCGAGUGCACACCAGGGAGCAGCCCUAUAUGUGCAAUGUGUGUGGCAAAGCCUUCGGGCGGGGCACACACCUCCUGCAGCACCAGCGUGUCCACGUGGGUGCCAAGCCCUUCACAUGCGGCGUGUGUCGGAAAACCUUUCCAGAGGCUGCGGCCCUCAUUCUGCACCAGAGGAUUCAUGCUGGAGAGAAGCCCUUUGAGUGUCACAAAUGCAGCAAAUCCUUCAGCCAGAGCAGGUCCCUGGCCCAACAUGAGAGCAUUCACUCCCAGGGGAGAUCGUGAGACCAUGGCAAGUAUCAGAAAUCCUUCAAACACUGUUUGGUUCUCAUACAUCGGUGACGUGGGGAUGUGCCCAGUGUGGCAGAGACUUGUCCUUGAUGUGUUGUCCUCCAUCCUGCGGAGGGCCAAGUGUCAGGAACCCUGGGCCAGCGCAGAGCAGACCGUGUUGCACAUCUCACACUUCUAUCUUCAGAGUCACCUAGUUGGAUGAGAAAGCUGGUAGUGGGCAUCAGAUCCAUCUUCUGGAUGCUUCUCCAUAACCUUCAAAGGGAACAAUGACCACCCCCAAUUCUUCUCCACUGUACAGGUUCACCCAGAUGCCCACCAGCUGGUAGGAUCCACAAGUGUGAAUGGUCUUCCUCUCAGCAGGCCUGGAACAGAGCUCAUUUCAAAGUUUUUGCCAAAGCAAAAAUGUAAUUAAAAGAAAAAAAAGGGGGGCCGGCCCCAUGGCUGAGUGGUUAA